CAUCAGUUUAGUUGAGUGCGAGCAACUCUUGAAUUCUCUCAUCAUAAACAACAAAGGCAGAUGUACGCACAAUGAAACACCCAGACCUUUAAAUUCCAACCCUCAUAAGCAGAAAGCUCACAAAGCAUCCCAGCUGAAAGCAUUUUCACAGUCUGGCAGAUGGACCCGUGUACAAUGAUCGCAGCUGGUGCAGGAGCAGGUUCUAUUGCUUCCGGUUUGAUGUCCACUGCUGCUGUGGCUAACGGAGGAGGGAUCGCAGCUGGAUCCGUGGUGGCAGCUCUUCAAGCCGUUGGUGCUGCUGGAAUCCCUGUUGCAGCUCAGACUGUUAUAGGUGCCGUAGGUGGCACUGUGGGUGCAGCUGUGGGUGCAGCUGUGGGACCAUUGAUAUGCACUGCAGGAGCCGCAGGUGCUGGCGCAGGCGGGGGCAUUGUGGGAACUGCCGUGAGCUCAGUUGCCAGGUUAAUUGGCAACUGCACUGCAUAACUAGUUCACAAAUGGAAAGUUUUCUAGUUAUAGUCAGUCACAGCAUUUAACUGAUCUACAACCAUAAAAAUAAGCACUCCUAAACUGAUUUAAUAUAAUAAUGAUAAUAAUAUUUCUCUUCUGCUUUUGCUGUACAAAUCUAGCUUUCUAAUUUGAAGUUCACAUUGUACUACACACAUUUUUUGCACUUAUGAUAAUUGCUUGAGACGUUUACAUAAAAGCAUCUGCUAAAUAAGUAAAUGUAAUUAUAACACAAUUGUCUUAGCCUAAAUUAUGAAUGUGAACUUUGAAAAAUCUGUAACAUUAAACUGUUUAAAUUAAGCUGUUUUGAACUUAAAUUAUAUAAUAAAUCCAUGAUGACACAGUAUGUCUUGUAUUUUCUAAAAGCAGUACAUCACAAAUUACAAAACAGGAUGACUGGGCAGACAAAGAAGACUCUAGACAGUUACUUGCAAUACGACAGGACCGGACAAUAAACACGACAGGACUAGACUUCACUUGACACGACUAAACUUAUCUUGCAACAGGUAGAGGGUCUCAGAGAGACGGCGUUCAGACAUAUAGAGUAAUAAUCUGGCAGUAAAGCCCAGAAACAAACAGGUAGAAAUAGCGAGGGUAAUCAGGGCAUAGUGGGGAUCAGGUGCCGUAGCAAUCAGCGCGAACCCAGAUUGCGAUAGCCGACAGCUGGGGGAGAGAGAGGGAGGGAGAGAUGACAUAGAAAGAAGAGGCUAGAUGACGAGAGUCAAACCCGGCUCGUAACAGUAGACAGCUUCAGUGAUUAUAACGAUAUUAUUAUUAGUAUUUUUUUUUUUUUUUUGAGUGUGCUUAAACUCGAGGUUGAUCAAAGUUAGUAAUAA